AUGAAAGGUUCGAAUGAUCCCUCAAUACUAAUAGGUCAUGAGCGUUUGUUAGUCACGGCAAUAGAGGAGGACAUUGAUUUAUUGUUGUCAACAUAUCAACGACGAAUAACUUACGACUUUACCGCGUUUAAAGAAAUAUGGGCAGAUUUGAAUUUCGAAGUGAUUCAUUUUGCGGCACAUGAAAAGACUGGACGUGAGGUGUUUAUGCAGACAUUGUUUCAAUUACUUUUUGAUAAAUACAAUAAAACAAAUCUCCUCGAAACAAAACUUGGUUCGAUUUACGCAAUGUACCUUCUGUAUUAUACGCAACCCAAAAAACUGUUUGAUCAGGUUAUAAGGAUCCGUGUGACUCUAGGUUUGGCGUCGAAGUCUUCAUUGAUCUCGUGGAACUGCAAGAGAUAUAAGAUUCACGAUUUCGUUUAUAUAUAUAAUAAAUUGAAAAAUGAUUCCGCGUGGGUUUUUGUCGCGGUCGCGGAUCCAUGUUUCGAAUACGGAACGCGUGACGCUGCAAAAGAAAACGAGAACGAAUUUCAAGCGCUUCCAAAGGAACUCGCACAACUACGCGAAGAUCUAAGCCAAAUCCGCACAGGCGUUCUCGAAAGCCCUUCAAAGCUCAUAGACCUUCAAAAUCUCAGCUCAGAUUAUUACAGCAAACGAGACGUGAUAUGUGGAACGGCGGAAGAAAAAGCCGUUGGCCAGAAAAAAUAUUUCUCAAUGCUAGAUAGCAAAGAUUUUGAUAUUUAUCGAUUUAGUAUGCCGCUCAAGGUUUCCAAUAUGGAUUUUUUGGAUGGAAUUGAAGAACGAUUGGCAAGGAAUCGGCAUGGAAAAAAUCAAGCAAGUUAA